CAACCGAGGCCGCCUCCUUCCGCUCAGCGCCGCGCGGCUCCGCUCGGACGUGUCCGCGCCUCCGCGACCACCGCCGGCGCUUUGGGGAGAUGCUGGGGCCGCCGGUCUGGGCGCUGGUGGCCGGCGUGCUGCUGGCGCUGUCGCCGGGCCGGGCGGGGGGCGCCCCGCGGGCAGGCCGGCGGCCGGCGCGGGCGCGGGGCUGCGCGGACCGGCCCGAGGAGCUCCUGGAGCAGCUGUACGGGCGGCUGGCGGCCGGCGUGCUCGGCGCCUUCCACCACACGCUGCAGCUGGGCCCGCGCGAGCAGGCGCGCAACGCCAGCUGCCCGGCCGGGGGCAGGCCCGCCGACCGCCGCUUCCGGCCGCCCACCAACCUGCGCAGCGUGUCGCCCUGGGCCUACAGGAUCUCCUACGACCCGGGCCGCUUCCCCAAGUACCUGCCCGAGGCCUACUGCCUGUGCCGGGGCUGCCUGACCGGGCCGGCGGGGGCCGAGGACUUGCGGCUGCGCAGCGCCCCGGUGCUCGUGCCUGCUGUCGUGCUGCGCCGGACCCCGGCCUGUGCGGGCGGCCGCGCCGUCUACACCGAGGAGUAUGUCACGGUCCCCGUGGGCUGCACCUGCGUCCCCCAGCAGCAGCAGCAAGAGGCGGGCGGCGUCCCCUCCGGCCUGGACAAGCAGGCCCGGCCCUGAGGCCACCCGGGCCCGCGGAGCCUCAGAGGCGGGAUGCACGGGACGGUGCAACCGACAAGAACCAAGUGCUGUGUUUUUGCGGCCCCUUGGGGCGCCCCACUCCCCGCGGCGGGGCGGUGGGUGAAGACAGCCGGGACAUGUCGGGGCACCAGGGCCCCACAAGGCAGAUGACAGGGGCUUUAAAAAUCUUGUUUAAAGUAGAAUAUAUACUUUUUUUUUAAGCCAUUUUCACUAGGGGCAGAAAAUAUUUUUAUAUUCGCCACUUGAGCAGGUCUAUCAGCCAUUUUUUCCUUGACAUAUGACCCUUUUAUCAACCCUGAGCUGCACUUCCUCUGUCAGAAUUUUUGGAGGCGCAGCGGAGGUCCCAGCCCCUCUGGCUGGCCUGUGGCCUGGGUCCCUGAAUGGACCCCGCCCUGCCCCAGACGGCGCUCAGGCUCGGCUACCCCAGGGCCCGGCACCUGGUUUAUCCGUGAGGAUGGAAACGGCCGCAGGUCUGCACAGACUUUUCUUUCCAUUUUUUAGGGGCCGAUUUGUGGGCAAGAGGUGGUGAGAUCUGGGCCAGCUCCCAGGCAGAACCCAAAUCUUGGCUUACUAGCCAAGUUUGAGGAGAAGUGGGCAUACCUAACUUCUGCAGAAGUGGCGCGUGGCAGCCUCUCUCUGUCCUGAGCAGGAGCUGAGUCCUUAAGCCUAAAGGAGUAGGUCUGACCCUGAAGGCAGAGUUCUUUGCUAGGCUGAGUCCUGAGCGCACUUCGCAGUCACUGAAUGAGUGGAGUGAAGGGCGCAGGCUGAGCGCAUCUCUAACUCUGCUUUGAGGGACUCAGUUUUUAGAGGAAACGCCCUUCCUAUUAAGGUCACACUUCCGAUCUGGUUGGGCCUUGGGACCGUCAGCCUCUCUGCAUCUGUUGACAGGCUCCUGCCUCUGAUACCCUUGGCCUUGGUUUAAUCUGGACGGAAGGCUUACGAGAGCUUUCAACUUGUACACAAUACUGACAGAGGUUGUGCAGGGAAAAACAUCCCCGAGCAAAAUUCAGGUUUUCCAAAUAAAACAUUGAAAACUGA